AUGUUCUUUACCUCGUGGCAGCUAUGGGAGCAGAUGACCUUCGUCCUUGCACUCGCCAUCGUCGGAGUCUUUCUCGUCGGCUGGGGCAAGCUGCUCUGGGUGAACAGGCUGGUGCAGAGGCAGGAAGUUGUUGAUGAGGAGAAACGGACGAAAAUUGAGCAACUCAGAAACAGCGGGCAGAUUGUCGAGUCCCGGAGGAGCCACGAUAUUCCGUUCGGGAUCAGAGCGAUCCAAAGCGGAAUACAGGUGGAUGGGAUAUGGAUCUCACAGGCAAACACCCCGAUGCCAAGUGUGCUCAAUCUUGGCCAUCUUCGCGGCAGCUCGUCAGAUAACCUGGCAAGUACGGAUGCCAGUAAGGGCGUUGAGGCUUCCGAUUCGAGAUACGAAGAUACAAAACCUACCUCGAGAUAUGGAAGAUCUUCAUUCAGAAGCAUUGAUCUAGGCGCCCUAUCCGAUGCUCAAGACCCGAUGGUACAGGGCACUCGGACGUCUUACCAACCAAGGAAAUCUUCAUACCUUCGUCAAGGCAGCCAUGGGGUCUUCGAUAAGGGUACGCUUGGCCAGUUGGAAGGGAAAACGUCGCUUAGGAGAGGAGUACAAGCACACCGUCCCCGUGGCUCCAGAAUCGGAAAUAUGAAUAUCGAUUCGUCGUCUGCUGCGGAUAAUGAACAUUCUUCGGAUUCAGAGGCUAGCCUCUCUCAAGAACCAAAGAUGACCGACCUAUCUCGAAAAGCUCUGUUAAACGACAAGUCAGCUUCCGAAGGUCGUUUACUGAGUCUAUCCAGCGUGCCAUCAGGAAGGCCCGUAACCGCACAUGGUCAUCCUCAGAGUGCCAAAGCAGCGUACUUCUCUGUCCCUGUAGAGUCACCCGACUUCGACAAAUCAGAUCCGUUUGAAACUCCCCAUGUGAGCCCCUUGGACUCAGUUCGACCACAGCAGACAUUCACAGGUCCGAAUCGGCUCGAUGCCUCACAACAAGCAGGCUCUAGGACCCGGUCUCCAUCACCAUUUGUCCCCGGCGAGUUACAUGUCAACAAAGUGGCGCGGAAGGUCAACUCAGGAUUUGAGGUUCUACCGGCGGGAACGUUCGGCAGACCAAAAGAUGCUGACGAGGACGUCAAAGAUGAUCCAAGAGCGAGAAGACGGUCCGCAAAGCUACAGAAGAAACCUAGAGGCUCGAUGACGGGGGGACGACCAUCCAACGCCAUGGAGCGCCCCUGA